AAAGCUUUUCGGUAGUGCAUGCCCCGCCGAUGAAAAUCAGAUUCAGUCCGAUUCGGGUUUUGAGUGCGUCUGGUUCUCUAUGGUUCUCCAUAGAGCGGGAUACUCGCACAAGUAAAUCUCUUGGGGCGCGCAAGCAUUGAUAUCCAUAGUGACUGAGGUAGCCCUCGAAGAUGACUCUUCAGCGAACUCUUCCCCUUUGAAAGACACCACGUGUGUUUCCGAUAAGCCACAUUUCCAUACGCCGGACCGCAUACACCAUACACCAUACAUAUGCACAUGUGCGAGAGUGGAGUGGAGUGUAGUGUGUGUGUGCGCGCGAGUACAAAAUAAAACUGAAAAACUGAAUAAAAGCAUGUGGAAGAGCGCGAAAUAAAAAGAACUGUAUUUGAAUCGACGGACGAGCUCCACGCUCCACGCUGGCACAGAGCACGCUGAAACCGUGCUGAUACGCAAGAUCCCACUGGAAAACGAUAAAAGCAAUGGUCUUACAAAAGCUAUCAUAAAAAUAAAAAUAAUAAUAAAACAAAAACAAAAACCAAUAACCAUCGCUGAGAGAAACAGGAACCCCUAGAGGGAUUCAAGAACCCUACCUUACCCUUAACCCUACCAGCAACCCCUAACUCAAGUCUCUGUCUUGAGAGAACCCAAAACCAAAGUUGUGUGUAAAAUGGCGCGUAUUCAGGCGAGCGAUUCUCUUAUACCCCGACAAAUCUUCGAGAUGCCUCCCGCCGAGCAGCCGAGCCGCGACCGGGAGAACCAGUCCUCCGCGGACAGCGACAGCCAGGGCUCCGGGGUGAAGCUCAAGAAGCAGAUCGGUCUGCUCGAUGGGGUGGCCAUCAUCGUGGGUGUCAUCGUGGGCUCCGGCAUCUUCGUCAGCCCCAAAGGUGUGCUCAAGUUCUCCGGCUCAAUUGGACAAUCGCUUAUCGUCUGGGUGCUAUGUGGUGUUCUCAGCAUGGUCGGCGCCCUGUGCUAUGCGGAACUGGGCACAAUGAUACCAAAAUCCGGAGGAGAUUAUGCCUACAUUGGCACAGCCUUUGGUCCACUGCCUGCUUUCCUUUAUCUAUGGGUCGCCCUGCUGAUUCUGGUGCCCACGGGCAAUGCGAUCACGGCCCUGACCUUUGCCCAGUACCUUCUGAAGCCCUUCUGGCCCUCCUGCGAGGCGCCCGCCGAGGCCGUACAGCUGUUGGCGGCUGCCAUGAUAUGUGUGCUCACCGUUAUCAACUGCUACAAUGUCAAGUGGGUGACACGUGUGACGGACAUAUUCACGGGCACCAAGGUGUUGGCCCUUCUAGUUAUCGUCGGCGCCGGCGUCUGGUACUUGGCCGAUGGCAACACAGAGCACUGGGACAAGCCGUUCAGCGGGGGCAAUCUUUCCCCGGGAUACAUUGCCCUAGCGUUCUACAGUGGCCUCUUCUCGUACUCCGGUUGGAAUUACCUCAACUUUGUCACGGAGGAGCUGAAGGAUCCCUACCGCAAUCUCCCCAAGGCCAUUUGCAUCUCCAUGCCGGUAGUGACGAUCAUCUACAUGGUCACGAACGUUGCUUACUUCUCGGUGCUGUCCACCGACGAAAUACUCUCAUCGGAUGCGGUGGCCGUCACCUUUGGGGACAAGAUGCUGGACUACAUGUCCUGGGUGAUGCCCUUUGCCGUGGCCUGUUCGACUUUUGGCUCUCUCAACGGCGCCAUCUUUGCAUCGUCCAGGUUGUUCUUCGUGGGGGCCCGCAACGGACACCUACCGGCGGCCAUUUCCCUCAUCAAUGUCAAUUGUCUUACCCCGGUGCCAUCGCUGAUAUUUCUGGGCGUUCUCACCCUCUUGCUGCUGUUCAUCAAGGACACCUACGUGCUGAUCAACUACGUCAGCUAUGUGGAGGCCCUGUUCACGCUCAUCUCGGUUUCGGGUCUGCUGUGGCUGCGCUACAAGCAGCCCAAGACGGAGCGACCCAUACGGGUCAAUCUGGCACUGCCGAUCAUCUAUCUGAUCGUUUGCCUCUUCCUGGUGAUAUCCUCGUGCUCGCAGUCGCCCUACGAAGUGGGCAUUGGCACAAUAAUCAUCCUGUCCGGCAUUCCGGUCUACUAUCUGACCAUUCACCAUCCGGUCAAGUGGCUGGCGGACACCUCGCAGUCCAUCAACCUGUGGUGCUCCAAGUUCUUUAUCUGUAUGCCCAAUCAGGAGAAGUUCGAUUAGAGAAGCUGGAUCAGAGAGGGAGAGAAAGAUGAAGAAAGGUGCCUUCCGCGAAUGCAUCGAAUCGAUCGCGGGCCCAAGUCUCAAGCUAUCGCUAAGUUAGGUUAGAAAUUUGGAAUUUUUUAUGAAUUAUACGCACAACAUUACAAAAGUGUUAUUGUAAAUAACUCAAAGGCAUUCUGGCAGCAGAA